CCGUACGGGUGAUUUUAUUGUGCUGUGAUUUUGUUUGAACUUUUCACAUUUUCUUAUUAAAAUUUAAAAUAAUGGAGUUGACAAUAAUUUCUAUCUUAAAGCGGUGAUAAAUAUUUUUCAGUAGUGCUUAAUAAAUAAAACUUUUUUUAAAUUUAAUUUAAAUAGUUUUGAAAAUAAUAAAUUAAAAUGGGUCUCGCCGACUUUUCGCGGAGACAGUGGUUGACGAUAGUUGUAAUAUCGAUAGCUGAUUUUUGUAAUGCAAUAUGUGUUGCACUUCAAGCACCUUUUUAUCCUCAGGAGGCAGAGAAAAAAGGUUGCACAGCCACGGAGUUCGGGUUGGUUUUCGGAGUAUUCGAGCUAGUAGUGUUUCUAGUCAGUCCUAUUUAUGGUGCUCAUCUAAAUAGGCUAGGUCCUAAGCUUCUGUUCAAUGGAGGAAUCCUCACUACGGGAACUUGCGCCAUUUUCUUCGGGAUGUUGGAUAAGGUGGAAGGCCAUGUGCCGUUCAUCACCUUGAGCUUCAUCAUCCGAAUAGUGGAGGCGAUGGGAAAUGCCGCCUUCCUCACCGCAUCCUUCGCCAUCAUAGCCAAAGAGUUUCCUAACAACGUGGCUACUAUGUUUGCAUCAUUAGAAACCUUCUUCGGUCUAGGCUUGAUAGUGGGCCCGACGUUGGGUGGGGCUCUAUAUGACUAUGGAGGUUACUCCUUGCCUUUCGCGGUGUUGGGUUCAGCUCUGUUCUGUGCAGCUGUCAUGAGUUGCCUCGUGCUGCCGAGGAACCAUGAUGAUGAAGAUCUAAAGCCUGGUGGACCCUCAAUGAUUUCCCUGCUGAAGGUGCCUGGCGUGUCGCUGUCGGCACUCAGUAUCAUGGUCACCAGCAUGAGCAUAGGAUUUCUGCAGGCGACGCUCGAACCGCAUCUGCGUCAAUUCCAAUUCUCCUCCAUGGUCCUGGGUCUAAUGUUCGUGAUCAACGGCGGUCUAUACGCGAUAUCAGCCCCCGGUUGGGGCUGGUUGUGUGACCACCCCGCCAUAAGGCCUAAGUACGUCAUCGCUGUAGGCUGCGCUUUUGUGGCUGGUGGCUUCUUGCUCAUAGGACCCGCGCCUUUCUUUGAUAUGAACACGCAGAUGUGGGCAGUAGUACUAGGUCUGAUCCUCCACGGGCUGGGUAUGGGCAGUCAGCUCGUCGCCUCCUUCUCCGAUGCACUAUCUACUGCUAUUGCAAGCGGUCUUCCAAACUCCAUAGAAACUUACGGGCUGGUCUCAGGCAUGUGGACGUCUACAUUUGCUCUGGGCGCCUUCAUCGGGCCCACUGUGUCUGGUCUGCUCUUCGACUCUAUUGGCUUCCGAAACUCUACACUCUUCGUUUUUAUUCUCCAUGUGGUUACGAUGGUGAUGAUGCUAAUGUUCACGUGGACCUGCGACCGCUCCUCCAAGAUGGAUGUCUCAGUGUCAGCCGGAGACUUGCUCCAGAUUGACGGAACCCUCGACGAGAGUGUGCUCAUUGGAGACAAGUUCUUACCACCCCCUAGGACUAAGAGAUGGUCCAGCCGAUGCACGGUGGCAGACCCACUGGUUGAAAACAUGAUCGUCGGUGACGCUCUACAGCAGGAUAGGACUAGGAGCCGUCGUUGCGGCAUCAGCGUGGAACAAUCCCGUCCCCCCGCUAUGAACAGCCUCAUAGCUUGCUCCAGCUACAAGAACAGGCGCAGUCCUUGGAGCCAGCGAACUCCUCGAUACCGACCUACUUACGGCAGCCUCGACCACAGGUACAGAGGAGCUUAUAAUACGUAGACUGGAAAUGUGUAGUAGGUUUACGUUAGUUGUAAUGUCUUUUUUAGACUGUCUCGUAUAUUUUUUGUGACAGCCUCGACUACAGUCUUGGUUAGGUUAGAAAACUUCAAGUAAGUAAAGAAAAAGGUAGGGUCUUAUUCCUCAGUUCUUCGCCCAGAGUUCCUAACAAUGUAAUAAUCAUGUUUCGUAGGCAGGCUCUUACGAUAGAAGGACGAUAACUUCAGUAACCUAACGUUUGAGAUAGGACCUUUUAAAGACAUUAUAGGUACUCGAGCUUUAAUAUAGCUCGAUUGUUGUAAAGGUUUUUUGCAUUUAAUGGAUAUUUAUUUUUUCUUCAUUUAGUGAGCUGUCACUGAAAUAUAUUUUGCAUAAUGUUUUUGAAUUAGUAUGCAAUCGAUGCAAUGCGCGGUUUUAUUACUACAUCGAUAACUAAACUAUGUUUUAUUUGUA